AUAGCAAAGUUAAAGAAAAAUCACAUCAUGGGGAACAUGAUCCAUGGUUUUCGAUGAUUUCAAUAUAUCACAAAUAACGACAGUGGACCUCCUCCCACUAAGAAAAGAAAACUCGAAGACGGCAGCAGUGCCAUUGGAGGCUCAAUGUAUGAAAAAGAUUUAGAAAUACAUUAUUUGCAUUCGGAAAUAAAACGUUUAAAGGAAUCGUGCGUGUCUAUUGAAGAUUAUGAAGAGAUGAAAAAUAAAUAUCUAAUAGAAAAGAAUGCUAAGGAUGACGCCUUACGAAGAUUGAGUGCCAUCGCUUCGAGCAAAUUACGGAAUAACAAUCCAAACAUCGCUGACCUUAGUGAUGCAAACAGACCUACAAAAAUAGCCGAAAAGUUGUCAGAGUUAUAUGACAACCAAUGGACAGACGCUUUCGGUAAUCUGGAAAAAGGCAUGAACGAAAGAGAUAUAAUCAACUUUCUGAGGGACAUCUUAAUGAAAUCCUACGCUGAAUGUAAAGCAAUAUCCUCUGAUAACUACUUUGAGAAAGUUCAAAGAUGUAUCGAAUUUCCUCUACAGUGUUCCUUCCAAGCGAACGAAAUUUGCUUAAACACUAAACAUUUAAGUUCGCAGGGUCUGAGCAGUUGAAAUCGAGAUCAGUCCUUCCUGAUAGUUUGAAACAACAAAUUAAGGAAUUCAGAAAAUUUCGUGCGAUGUAUGUAGUCAAGGAUAUCGAAAAGGCAAUAAAAGGAAAACUUAACACACAUUCCAAAAUGAAUGCAGGAGUCGAUAGAUAUAUCUCAAGCUGUGUGGAGAUCACGUGGUUAAUGGUGGUACAGGACCCGCCUCUGGUAUUGUCUGCGACCUCAUCUUCAAAGAUCGAUUCUAAAAUAUUCAGGGAAUACACAAAGCGGGGACCUAAUAUCGAUUACGUUGUCUGGCCAGCCCUUUUUCUUCAUGAAGGAGGUCCUCUGUUAGUGAAAGGGGUUGCUCAAGGAUGUGUUCAACACCAUCGAUAUCGAUAAUUUUAUAGAUCGUCAGUUUGUUUUAAUUAGAUGUUGAUAUUCCAUGUUUAUUACUUGUUAUUUGUGUUGACGUACGAUAGAUUGAACAAAAGAAAGAAAGAACGAACAAGCGAAUGAAUAAAAAAUAACGAAUUGAUUAAUAAAUGAAUUUCGGUUCACAACAAUCCGACAAAAGAGUAAACAAUUGCCGAUUAAAUAUUAUAAUAACAUUCAUGUUACAAAUUAUAGUAUAACAUCACGUAAUGAAGAAAAUAAUUAUAACACCUUGUAAAACAUAGUUUGCAUUUUUGCAUGAUUUAUAAGAACAGCGAAUGGUACAAAUACGUUUACAGUUUUGACUUAGGUUGAUCUCAUGACUCUUAUCAUAAUUAUAAUCUGUAGAAUUAAAUAUAGUGUUAUGUGUUGAAUAGCGAAUGUAAAACGAAAACGUAAGUGUUGUUAUAUUUUUCAGUUGCUUUUUCGGGCUCAUUUCAGCAUGGUAGUAUUGAUGAUUGAAUACCGCCAGGUUAAACCGGUGAUUGUCGGCAUGAGAAAUGUUGAACUUAACAUGAUCUCUCAUUUAUUUAACAGACUCAAUUA